AUGUUUUACAGCAGAUCAAAUCCAAAGUUAUCAGAUUGUUAAAAUAAACUAAAUACAUCAUCAUAUUCAAGUAAAUCACGUGGAUCUUUUAAAGAAAUUUCACCUGAAACUAGAAGUAUAACCUAUACAAUUAUAUUAGAUAUUACUCCUAAUAAUCAAAAUAGACCAUUAACUGCUAGAAAUGAAUACACAAAUCCAUCUAAAGUGAAAUAGUUACUAAAUAAUUUGAUACAAGGUGAUUAAAACAAGACCUCUACACAAUUAUUUGGAUAAAGCUUAUUUCAAAAAAAAUAAAUUGAUAGCAGAUCAAGUAGAGGUGAUAGUUUAUGUAAAUUAAUAUUGAUUUUCAUAGUGUCUAGUAGAAUAAGUAAUUUUGGAAAACAGAAUGUAAAGUCACCUUAAAAUAAUGAAACUUUUCUAAAAUCAGCCUUCAUAAUUCCAGAUACAAGUAGAGAUUAAGAUAGGAAACCAUAUCAAAAUUUAUAUUACUAAUCUAAUAAACAAAAUGAUUCUAAUAUAUCUUAAUCAAAAUCAAAUAAAAACUCAAAAUUGCUGACAAUUUCAUAAAUUGCUCAAUAAUGUAAAAAAAACAGUAUUACUCCAACAAGAUAAAAUACAAUAAAUAAUGAAAAUGUUAAUAACUAAAAUAAUAUAAAUUAUAAAGCAAAUAGCAAUUAAAAAAAUAAAUAAUAAUAAACAUUUAUUGCUUAAGUAUGCAGUAAUAAAAAAAAGUAAUUUUAUUAAUGUAUUCUUAGUCCUACAACAUAUAUGGAAACAUUUAAUAUUUUAAAAUAGAAACUUGAUAAUAAUAAUAUUUAAUCAAAUUAGACAUCAGGAAAGAAACAAAAUGAAAAAUCAAUUAAUGUUUCACCUCUCAAAUCUCCAAAAUCUAAAAUAGAAAAUACAAAAUAAACACAUAUUUAAAUUAUUGAUGAUGUCACUUAAUAAAAUAUUUAUAAAUCACUUUUGUAAAAAGAAUAGAUAUGGAAUGAUAUAAUCAUUUUAAUUGAUAAUCCUAAUUAAAUGACUUUGGCAACAAAGUGUACUUAAUUAUAAAAAUUAAUCAGAAUCAUUAGUGAAAAACAUCAUGUAUAAUUUAUUAUUAUAUUCUAAGAGUGAAUAUUUAUUUAGAAUUGAACCUCAAAUACUUGAAAUAUUUUUGUUUGAAUCUUUUGCAUGUUAUUUAUUAGUUAGUGAUUACUUACAAGAUUAAAUUAAUGAAGAUCAAAAUAUAAAGAAUUUAAUUUAGUAUAUAAUUAAUAGCAAUCUCUAUGUAUUGUAAGUAUUAGAGAAUGUGACUAAUAAUUCAUUAAAUUUGAAUUUAUUAAAAUAGAGAAUAGAUUUAAGAACCUUUAAUGUUCGUAAGGUUUGUCCUAAAGGGAAACAGGCAUUACAAAAGAACAAUUUUAUCAUUAAGUCAAUUUUGGGAUUGAUGUACUUUAUCUAAUCAAUAUAAAAGUCCAAAAGGAUUGACGAAAUAACACGCCCCGAAAUUUUUAUGAUUUUAUCCAGAAUUACCACUAAUCCAGAUCAAUAUAUAUUGUAAUUGAAAAAAAUAAAUUCUUAAAUUGAACAAAUUAUGCCACUUGAUUUGGAAAGAGCUUUGGCAGCCUCAAAUAAAGACUAUACUUUAGUGUUAGAUUUAGAUGAAACAUUAGUUCAUUAUCAAGAAGUAAAUCAAUACAAUAUUAAAAAAAAAGUUUCCAAAAGGAGGAGGAUAGUUUCUAGUAAGACCUUAUGCAGAAGAAUUUUUAGAUUAAUUGUCUAAAUAUUAUGAAAUAUUUAUAUUUACAGCAGCACUUCCAGAUUAUGCUAAUUUUAUAAUUGAUAUUAUUGAUAAGAAGGGAGUGGUUAAAUAAAGAUUAUAUAGAGAUAAAACUAUUUUUAAAGAUUAAGUUUAUAUAAAGGUAUUUAAUAAAAUUAUAUAUUUAAAGGAUUUAUCAAUUCUAAAUCGUAGUUUAGCCAAAGUUAUAAUAGUUGAUAAUAUGCCAGAAAAUUUUUAAUUGCAACCUGAAAAUGGUAUUUACAUUUAAAGUUGGUUUGGAGAUACUAAAGAUAAAGCAUUAAAAGAUUUGUAACCUUUGUUAGAAUGUAUUUCUAUAAUAAAAUAUACUUAGAAAUAGCCAUAAAAAAAUGUAAAGAUGUAAGAGUAGCAUUGAAUUAGUUUAGAGAACAGAUGAUUGAAAGAGUUUAAAUGGGAAUUAAAAAUCCAUAUUAAUAUCUUUAAUUAAAUUGAA